AGCAAACAUUCCUCGCGCAGCUGAGAGUGAGUGAGUGUACAGGGACAUGAUAUCGACUGUCAGUGCUGCUCUUCCCCGCAUACAACAUGGGCUCAACCGCCCUUGCCACCAAAAGCAGAGCCUCAGCUUCACUGCAAAGCCCCGGAGCCGGUUCUGUGUCGUGGAUCGCGUGUAUUUUUGAGAUAUUUGAGGUGUAAAUGUGGGUGAUGGUGCUGUGGACUCAGGACAAGAUGGCAGCAGUAUGAGACACACACAUCUACAUGCUGUGAGUUCAGUCGAAGUGUGUAAAAUGAUCGGAGAAGACCUGGAUUAUAUCUACUGUUAGUCCGUGUGAAAGGUAUGGCCUCACAAGUCUUGGUCUACCCACCACAUGUUUUUCAAACUCAGACAAGUGCCUUUUGUAGUGUGAAGAAACUCAAAGUUGAGCCCAGUAACUGUGUUUACCAUGAGAGGGCCUACCCACAGACUUACUUGAAUGGUAGAACCCUUGGCAUUGCUUACCCGUCAAAAAUCACAGUUUCAUUUAAGACACCAGAUUCUGUGAUCGGCAGAUACCGCAGGCAGGAGUUACCAUUGCAAACGGCUGCUGUACGCGGUGUGCGACGUCAGCAUACCACCACAGCAACGCAGCAGCAAAAAGGGGGUGUCACCUCUCAGGAUAAGGAGCCAGAGCACCAGGAAAAAGGAAAGAGUUGCAGCAGUGGAGCUACAGGGGCAGUUGAAAGGGGUAGGGGAGAGGGAAGCGACAGUCAAGAAGGAGGAGGUGGAGGACAGGGUGAAGGUGACGAAGGUGGUGGAGGAGAGGACGAGGGUGACCGGGAAGACUGUGGAGUUUUUAACUUGCAAGACAGCUCCCACAGAUGCGGGCUGAAACGUAAGAGCGGGGAGCUGGAGAACUUGGGGAGCGCCAUGCAGAUUGUAGAGGACCUGUCAAUGUUACCUGCAAUGUUGCAGUCAAAUUUGGGAAACCCACCAGUUGCGGUCCCAGUGGCAGUCGGUGGAGGGCCUGCAAAGCAAGGUGGAAAUUCCGGAAAUGGGGAUGGAGACUACCAAUUGGUGCAGCAUGAGUUGCUUUGCUCGUUGAAGAACAGCUAUGAGGUCUUAGACUUCCUCGGCCGUGGUACUUUCGGCCAGGUAGUGAAAUGCUGGAAACGAGGCACCAAUGAGAUUGUGGCGGUGAAGAUCCUGAAGAAUCAUCCAUCAUAUGCACGACAGGGCCAGAUUGAAGUAGGCAUCCUGGCACGCCUCAGCAGCGAGAAUGCAGAGGAGCAUAAUCUGGUGCGAGCUUUCGAGUGUUUCCAGCACCGUAGCCACACCUGUCUCGUGUUUGAGAUGCUGGAGCAAAACUUGUAUGACUUCCUCAAGCAGAACAAAUUCAGCCCGCUACCUCUGAAGGUGAUCCGUCCCAUUCUUCAGCAGGUAGCCACGGCAUUAAAAAAGCUAAAGGCCAUGGGACUGAUCCACGCGGACCUUAAGCCUGAGAACAUCAUGCUGGUGGACCCUGUACGGCAGCCCUACAGGGUGAAAGUCAUAGACUUUGGCUCAGCCAGUCACGUUUCCAAAGCCGUCUGUUCGACGUACCUCCAGUCGCGUUACUACAGGGCUCCAGAGAUCAUUCUUGGCCUGCCUUUUUGUGAAGCCAUAGAUAUGUGGUCGCUGGGAUGUGUGAUUGCUGAACUCUUCUUGGGCUGGCCCCUCUACCCAGGAGCCCUCGAGUUUGACCAGAUCCGCUACAUUUCUCAGACACAGGGUCUGCCAGGAGAGCAUCUGUUAAAUGUGGGGACAAAGACGUCUCGCUUCUUUUGCCAGGAGUCAGACUCUCCGUACGCAGCCUGGAGACUUAAAUCCACAGAAGAGCACGAGACAGAGACGGGGCUGAAAUCAAAAGAAUCCAGAAAGUACAUCUUCAGCUGUUUGGAUGACAUAGCGCAUGUGCGUAUCUUUGGAUCACGAACACAAGUGAAUCUAGUGAUGAAUCUGGAAGGCUGUGAUUUGUUGGCAGAGAAGGUUGAUCGUGCAGAGUUUGUGGGUUUGCUGAAGAAGAUGUUGUUGAUAGAUGCAGAAGAAAGAAUAGCCCCGAGUGAUGCCCUUAGCCACCCUUUCGUUACCAUGAAGCACCUGUUAGACUUCCCCCACAGCAACCAUGUCAAAUCGUGUUUUCACAUUAUGGACGUGUGCUGCUCACGACCAGGCAGUUAUGAGUCUCUCAGUCGGACCAAGGCUCCAUUUAUCAGGACUGUCCCGAGCACUGGUGCAGCGCCCAACAUCACCCUGCCCCUCUGCAAGGUGACUGGCAUUCACACUCAGGCUUUAGCAUCAUCCGCCCCUUCAGUAAUGCAUCCUGGAAUACCUCUCCAGACAGGAAGUGCUCAGUUUGGUGACUCUUUUCAACAGGCACUUAUUCUCUGUCCCCCAACCUUGCAAGGCCUCCCACCCAACCCAAAGAAGUCAAUGGGAUACUCUGUGCGUAUGGAAAGUACAGUACCGCUGGUGACACAAGCCUCUGCCAUCCAGCCUCUACAGAUCAGACCAGGGGUCAUUACACAGCAAGCAUGGUCAAGUCGUCCCCAGCAGAUCCUGGUCCCCACCUGGCCUCAGAUGGCCCCAGUGGCACCUGUGGCACCUUCAGCAACAACAAUGGCCUCAGAAACAGUGGCAUGUCCACAAAGACUAGCAGAUUGGGGGAAAGUUCAUUCCCUUGGCAACCAUUACAGCUCCAUGAUGCCCCCACACCAGCCACUGUUUACCAACCCAAUGGCCAUGUCAUCUCACCAGCCUAUCAGCAUAGGGAUUGCUCAUGUGGUGUGGCCACAGCCAGCUGCUAACAAGAGAAAUAAAACAUCUUCAAACAGAAGUAACAACUUCAUGCACAGCUCCAAUUCCCAAAACACAUCAAGCCAGUCCCUAAAGAUGGUAGACAGUGCCAAAAACACAGAGGAGGUGGCAGCAGAUUGUGUAGUGGAGGCGGAGUCGGAGGCGGUGCCAGAGGAGGAGCCUGUGUGCUGCAAAGCAGAACCAGAGUACGAGGACUCAACUGUGCCUCAGAAGCAGAGACAGACCAUUGUGAUCGCCGACUCUCCAAGCCCUGCAGGCAGUGUCAUCAGUAUCAGCAGUGGAACAGAUGAGGAGGGGCCGGACACUCACAAACAUUCACUAGAGUGCAAGGGUAGCCCGGAGUGUGAGGCAUGUCAAAGCACACUGAAUAUGGAGCGUGUGUGUUCCCUUAGCAGUCCCGAUUCAACCCUUAGCACCAGUUCAUCUGCUUCAGAACAGUCCAGCGCCUCCCCCUGCAAGGGACCCAACAGUAUGUCAGAAGAUGAGCGUGAGAGUGGAUGUGAUACAGUAGACGGCUCGCCCGCGUCUGUGUCCUCCAGUCGAGCUGACAGCCCCUUCCUGGAAGCCACCUAUAUCAAUGACAACAACCAGAACUGCAAAGCCAGUGGAAGCACAGAGGCUGAGUCUACCAAGCUGCCCGUCCGCACCAUGGUGGUGCCGCCCAUGCGGGUUCAGAAUAAUGAGCCAAUGGGCCUCACAGAGCCAUCGUGCCCCCCCAAAGGCCGCAGUGGUACCAACAGACAACCGCCCUACUCAACAUUACUGGUGAAUCGCCAGCAGAAGACAGCACAGGCUUUCCCGCCCCUGCAGCCCUCUCAACCGCAGCUCCCCUUUGGACAGGUCCAGCAUUAUGGGUUGUCCAACCAGGAGUGGAACGGCAACUAUAGUCACCGCCGACCUCAAGCGUUCAUCCCGCCCACCAUUCAUGGCCACACAUUCACACUGCCUCACGGCAGUCCCACCCACACAGCCCACCCUACUCAAACACACCUAGGUGUCCACCCUCACACCCAGCCGACUUUAUUGUCCUACCCCCCUUCAGGGCCCCUGGUAACAAAUGCCCCGAUAGCCCAUCUCUUGGCUUCACCUGGGGCGACACGGAAUCACAUCUUUCAACCGGCUUAUGGCCUCUCCCAUCCGGCGGGACACCUAGUGCACCAGGUCACUGUGGGGCUCAACCGCCUCUUGCCCUCUCCAACCCUCCACCCUCAAAGCCAAUUCAAGCCUCUGUUCCCCCCACACUCCUUCAUCGCAUCACCUGCAUACGCAGGCUUUCCGCUCAGUCCCACCAAACUAAACCAGUACCCAUACAUCUGAGACUUGCUUUGCAACCCUCCGGAGGGCCGCCGACAUGGAGGUAAUGCCAGGCUCUCGGUUGAAACCACAUGCCACCUGGUUCUCGCACCUAAAGCCAUGGUGCAAAAUAAUUAUGUAGACUUGAUUGAGUGCAAUUAAAAUGAGCUUUAAAAAAGGAGGGUUUGGAAAGCCUUUAGCAAGUAGGUAAAGAAAGUGAAUGGUUGAGAAGCAAGCGAUUGGAUAAAUAAGAAAAAAAAAACUGUUUUGCACAUUUGAUACAUCACCUUAUCAGAUUUUCAGAUCUUCAGAUUUGAGUACUCCUCUAAUAUAUAUCAACAACAGAUGGUGUCCAAAAUCAUGUGAUGGUCAACUUAUUUUUAUACAUUGCCUUUACCUUGUAUACAACGCGUUUGUUUGUACAGACAGCCCUGUAUGUUGUUCACAACAUAAAAUGUGUCCACUUGCUGUGUUUUCUUGCGUUCCAAGUGUUUGUACCUUUCUCUGCGUCUUUGGUGUCGUUUGGAAUGGAGUCUCCUAAAGGAGUCGUUCAUCACACGCUGCAUGUGUUGCAUGAUGUUGAUCAGAGAGAAGCCUGUAGAGGCUCUUGAUGUGCCUAGAGGCUCGCUGCAUUGUUGUCUCCAGCCAUAGUGCCUUAUAUAUCGGCAGUCAUUUGUGUUCUACUACACUAUCUCUCUGUGUAUAUACAAUGUGUUUGUGUGUGUACGUGUCCUGGACUGCAGCACUUGCAAUUCAAAUCAGUCUGUGCAUUCUUUGUGUGUGUGUUUUUAUGUAUUACGUAUAUAUACACACUGGUGUAUUAUUUCAUGCAUAAUUGGCAUCAAUGUACUGCAUUGCACAAACCGCAGUGCUUAUUUUUGGAUCCGAUGUAUAUUUGAGAUGUAGUGAGUUAAUUUUUGCAUAAUUUCUUCGUAAGACAGCAUGCUUUUGCUGCUGCAAACGCUUGCUGUUGGAUUUGUUCUAAUUCUCUUUUUUUUUUUCGUUAUCUUAAAUUAACUAAUUGUGUAGAGUAUACAAUGAAUUUCUAUAUAGAAAAAAAAUCGACAAACCGAACAGUAUUUGUACUGUUUAGUAAAACUGCAAUACAAUCUAUAUAGUUUGUUUUUCUUUUUGUGUGUGUGUUUAGUUCUUUGGGUUUGUGUGUGUUUGUGUUUGCUGUGGUGGGCAUGGCUUCGACUAGAUGAAGCCACAAAUGCAAAUAUCGGUCUUUGAUUCAGGGUCAUGGAUUGAUCUUAGCCUGAGCAGACCAUGCAGUAUUUGAUGUAUAGACACAUAUGACUAUGAGUAUAUAUCUAAUAGAGCUAGUUUAUUUAGUGCUGAAGCUUGACACAGUGUGUUUAAGGUGUGCAAUUAUCAUUUAUGCAUGUGUGAAUUGAUUUUUUUUUCUUUUAAUUAUAUCAUUAUAUCAUAUGUUGAAAGCUUGUUGGUGUCAAUUGCAUUUUAUACAUUCCGUCAGGGAGAAAUAAAUAUAUAUUGUG